CCCCCUGCUCCCGGCCCGUCUUCCCGCCCACCGUGCGCCGCCGCGGGUCCCCGCCUCUGGGCACAGCCCACCGGGUCCGUGGAGCAGGUAAGACGCUGGCGCCGGAGGUUGGACGGCGAGAAGAACGGCCCGAGGCAAAAGCCUUCGGCGCUUUCGGCUCCUCCGAGGAGGGGGGGGCGGGUGAGAGCUGCCCCGCUUUCUCAAGCGGGGAGCAGACGGACCACAAGGGGCACCCCCUGGACACCAGAAUUGUCUAGUGACGUCUGGGGCCCUUGAGCUCUAUGACCUCUGACCUCUCCUGCUCCCUGACACUCAGAACGGUUCAGGUUCAAGCCUGGCCGCGGGUAUCUGAAGCCCUAAGAUCCAUGAGGCGCAAAUUGCAGCGGGGACCGUUAGCCUGGAAAAUAUAGGGAAACAGAAAACUGGCGAGUGGUGUGGAACGCUGCGUGGGAAAACCUUCAAGCACCCUACAAACGGGCAACUUGGAAGAGGACGCACACUUUUCAAUAAAGGCCGCGCUCCGGGCUGGGUCUGCAGAAUUCCAGCUGAACCGAAGCCGCCCAACCCGAGCCUGGACUGCGCCGGGGGCAGGAUCGACACUUGAACCCGGGGCGCCGCAGGCCCCAGAACCUGAGGCUUUUCUCCGCCCCGCCGGCCUUUCUCUGGGAAGCUCCGGGGCCGUCUCCCCAGCGAGGUGGAGGGCAGGAAGACGCCUCCUCUCGCCCAGCAGAUUCCGCGGUGCCCCACCCGCGCCCCGGCCUCCUGAUUGGCUGGUGGUCCCCGCCAAUUACAAGUCUUCUCCACUGACCCCGCCCUAUUAACCCUACCGUCACUCUCCAGGGGCUGGCUUGGCCAGGACGCGGUUUCUAAACUCGGGACCUGUGGAAUCAACUGGCAUUUGUUGAAAUUCAGAUUCCUGGCCCUACUUUUUCCGGAGAGCCUGAUUUAAUAAGUGGGGCUGUGGAAUCUGUAUUGUGAGCGAGCGUCCGGGUGAUUCUGGAGAGAGCUGUUGGAAGCAGCAGAGCUCCCACCGUGCACAGGGCCAUGGCUGAGCCUGGAGAGCAACUGCCAGAGGAGGUGCUGGCACUCAUCUUUCGCCACCUGCCCCUGCGGGACCGUGCCACCGCUGCCAGGGUCUGCAGAGCCUGGGCUGCUGCUGCUACCUGCAGUGUCGUGUGGCAUGACACGACCAUCAGUUGCGACUGUGAGCGAGAAGGCACGCUGCUACCAUACCUGUCUGCCUGCCUGGACCACGUUCACAACCUACAGCUGGAAUUUGAGCCGUCGAGGGAGCCGAGCCGCCGUGCGGCCACUGAGCUGCUGACCGCCCUGGCGGGCCGCACCCCGGGGCUUCAAAGCCUGCGCCUGGAGUGUCGUGGGGAAAAGCCGCUCUUCGACGCGGGCCACGACAUCCUGGACGCGGUGCACGCCAUCUGCCGGGCCGCCAGUGCGCUGCGCCACCUGGACCUUCGGCGCUUGCCUUUUACCCUGGACGACGCGCUGGUGCUGCAGGCGGCACGCGGCUGCCCCGAGCUCCGCAGCCUUUUUCUGGACAACCGUACGCUGGUGGGCAGCGUGAGGCCCGACUCCGUGCUCGAGCUACUACAGGCUUGCCCGCGCCUGCGCGCCCUCGGCCUGCACCUCGCCAGCCUGUCGGGCUCUGCCCUGCAGCUGCUGGCGGCGCGGGACCGCGAGCCUUUCGCUCUCCUGGCCCUACGGUGCGCGUGCCCGGAGGACGCACGCGCGCCACCCUUGCCCGAAGAAGCCUGGGUUGCGGUGCGCCGCCGCCACCCGGGACUGGCGGUGGAGCUGGAGCUAGAGCCGGCCCUGCCUGCCGAGAGCGUGACGCGCGUCCUGCAGCCCGCCGUUCCCGUGGCUGCGCUGCGCCUCAGCCUUUCUGGGGAUACGGUAGGCCCGGUGUGCUUCGCAGCGCGCCACUACGCCACAAGCUUGCGCGCGCUCGAGGUGCGCGCCGCUGCCUCGGCGGAGCUGGACGCCGCGCUGGAGCUGCUGGCGGCGCGGUGCGCGGGCCUGCGCGAGAUACACUGCUUCUGCGUGGUCCGACCCUCGGUGCUGCGAGCCUUCCGCGAGCACUGUCCGCGCCUGCGCAGCUACACGCUCAAACUGACGCGGGAGCCGCAUCCCUGGAUGCCCACGACUGUGGCAUGAGCGUAGCCGCGUCCCCAGCAGACGUGUGGCCACUGGAACGCUGGAUGCAUUUGCCCAGGCGUGCGCCAAGUGACGGCCCGCUCCUUCAGGGCUCUUGCCUCUUGUGCUUCUGGAAGAUCAGGGCAGGUGGGCUAGCGCCGGGACCAGCCCCGGGCGGCCUGAGUCCACAGGGUGGAUCUCCCUAAUGGGAUCAGCUCCCGCCAGCCCCGCUCCUCUGCGGACACUGCCAGCUCCGCGGCCCUGUCGUGGGGGGGGGCGGGGGGAGGACCCUGGCUCGGGCGGCGACUCAGGUGUGAGUGUGAAAUAAACAAAUCCCGCAGCAA